UCUUACUAUUCACCAGAAAACAGAGCACAAAAUGUAAACGUAACCAAACUUGAAGCUGAAGACAAUUCCAAAACUUUUAAUUUCAAGUCAACAUGCUUACUUAUCCAUCACCAACUUGAAAAUAUUUCUUGGGUUUUUAAUCUCAUUCUAAACCCACUUCACAAAUUUGAUCAACCUAUUCAGCAGCCACAGACAAAGAAACAAGAGACCAAACAUGAAGAACCAAGAAAAAACCCGGUCUUUAUUCGGAAUUUCACUCUCUGAUAGACCCAAAUGGCAACAGUUUCUCAUUUGCUCUUCUGGGUUUUUCUUUGGCUACCUUGUCAAUGGAAUCUGCGAGGAAUAUGUAUACAACAGGCUUCAAUUCAGCUAUGGAUGGUACUUCACAUUUAUUCAAAUUUUUGUGUAUAUAAUCCUGAUUCAUCUCCAAGGCUUUACACCAGCACAAAUGGUGAAUCCAUGGAAGACUUAUAUCAAGCUUUCUGCUGUGCUUAUGGGCUCUCAUGGACUUACAAAAGGAUCUUUGGCUUUUCUUAAUUAUCCUGCUCAAAUCAUGUUUAAAUCCACCAAGGUUCUGCCAGUGAUGGUGAUGGGUGCUUUUAUUCCAGGGUUGAGAAGAAAAUAUCCAGUUCAUGAAUAUAUAUCUGCAUUGCUUUUGGUUGUUGGGUUGAUUUUUUUCACCUUGGCUGAUGCUAAAACUUCCCCAAAUUUUCAUGUUGUUGGUGUUGUGAUGAUAUGUGGUGCUUUAAUUAUGGAUGCUUUUCUUGGAAAUCUGCAAGAAGCUAUUUUUACUAUUAAUCCUGAGACCACACAGAUGGAGAUGCUGUUUUGUUCAAGUGUAGUGGGUUUGCCUUUCUUGAUUCCUCCAAUGAUUAUAACCGGAGAGUUGUUCACAGCAUGGAAGUCGUGUUCCGAGCAUCCAUAUGUGUAUGGUGUUUUGAUAUUUGAAGCUAUGGCGACAUUUGUUGGUCAAGUCUCUGUCCUUUCCCUAAUUGCUCUUUUUGGAGCUGCCACCACAGCCAUGGUGACAACAGCAAGGAAGGCAGUAACAUUACUGCUGUCAUACAUAAUAUUCACAAAGCCGUUAACAGAACAACAUGGGACAGGACUUUUACUCAUAGCCAUGGGAAUCACAUUGAAGCUGUUGCCUGAAAACAAAACCAGGAUUAAUGGCGCUCAACACGGCUCUAUUCCUAUCCAACUACAAAAUGUAGCUUCUCAAGAAGAAAAGAGGCAAUUAGUCUAAUUAUUAUUUUCUCAUUGUAAUUUGUUUCUAUUUUGACUUGUUCAUCAUCCACUUGUUUGUUUUGCAUAGAAAAUGGAAACUUAACAACUGGUAGGAAUUUUUUUAUACUACAAUUUCAAUCCAAAACGACGUACGUAAUAAAGAUAAUCCACGUGCUUCAGUCA